AUGAUUGUGGAAAAGGUAAUUAAUUAUCAGAACUUUAAUGAGACUGUAGAGACUUUAGAGACUGUAGAGACUGUAGAGACUGCAGAGACUGUAGAGACUGUAGAGACUGUAGAGACUGAAGAGACUGUAGAGACUGUAGAGAUUGUAGAGACUGUAGAGACUUUAGUGACUGUAGAGACUGUAGAGAUUGUAGAGAUUGUAGAGACUGUAGAGACUGUAGAGACUGUAGAGAAUGUAGAGACUGUAGAGACUGUAGCGACUGUAGAGACUGUAGAGACUGAAGAGACUGUAAAGACUGUAGAGACUGUAGAGACUAAAAUAAAUCUUGAGCGAGUAAUCGGAUAG